AUGAGCAUAUCUAUGUUUAAAUUUAUCAAUAAAUUGGCUCUAAUUAUAUUAUGCAUUAUUGGUCUUAUAGAAUUGGGAUUAGCUAUGUGGACAGUACUUGAGAAUCAUUAUAAAACGUUAGCAUACAAUCUUGCUGAUGCUGGUUUUAUUGAUUUAUGGAUACUACGAUAUUUAUCAAUGUGUUUAUUUACUUCAUCAAUCAUUACAUUAGUCAUGUGUCUUAUUUUAACAUGGGGCUUAUAUUCAACACAUGUAUUUAUAUUUAUUUCAACGACAAUGAUUACUUUAGUUAUUAUUGCAGAAUUAGCAAUAUCAAUAAUAACAUUUACAAAUAAAUUUCAAACGAAAUUAACACUUCAAGAACAAUUACCAAAAUUAGUAAUUACUUAUCGACAAGGUAAUGAUGAACGUGCUAAUCGAGCUUUAGAUAUUCUGCAAGUAGCAUUUCGUUGUUGUGGAUCUGAUGGACGUUUAUCAUAUCAAAACAAUGUUCCACCAAGUUGUCAUAUGUAUAGUGUUGGAUGUCUUACGCGUACAAUGUUUUUUCUUGAUUCCUGUAUGAAUGUAUUAGCUUCGAUAUUACUAUUAUUUAGUUUAAUUAAAUUACUUCUUGUUAUCUAUUUUUAUUCAUUUCUUUGUAUGUAUGAACAAUAUAGACAAAAACAUCACAAAAAUAAUUCCCAUUUAAUAAAUGAAUCUUCUCAUUGGCGUAAUUCAUCAAGUUUUGAAUCAUCAUCAUCAGACAAUCUACCAAAGAAAAUUCUUCUAUCAUCUGCAGUAACAAAUCAAGAUAAAAUUACUAAUCAUGAUAAUGAAUAUAUUGAAAAACGACGUAUUGUACUUAAUGAAUAUGACUCACAAUUACCAAAUAAACGAGUACAAAAUGCUGCAAUGAUUUUACCACCACCACCACCACCACCACCAUUACCACCACCAUUAAAUAAUAAUAUUUCAGCACCACCUUAUGAACAACAAGUAUCAAGAAAAUUAUCAGCAAUAUCAGAAAAAAGUGAACGAACUGAAACUGAUGAUAGUGAACCUGAUCUAUUACGUAUUAAACAAUAUAAUCCAAAACGAAAAGCAAUUAUAACUGCUGUUAAUCAAAAACAAAAACAACCACCACCACCACCACCAUUACCUAAAAAAUUACCAAUGAUUAAAAGUCGAAGAAAAAUCGGACGAGAUGAUGACAACGAUAAUGAUUCAGGUGUAGAACGAUCAUCAUCAGAAAAAUCUUUCGAAGAUCAAAACACAAACAAACGAAAUUCUGAUACUCCACCAUCAAUUGAUACGAAUAGAAAACAAAAAAUAACAACAAAUAAAUCCAAUGGCAAACGACCACCAACAUUAAGUUUUUCUAAUGUUUUUGUAACAUCUGUUUCACAAGGUGAUAUAACAGAACAAUCACAAAAUGAUGAUAUUAAAAAUCCUUUAACAACAUCUCCAUCAACAUCUUCAUCAUUAUCUGAUAAAUUAUUAUUAACUGAUGUAACAAUACCAAAACCAAUAUUAAAAAAAUCUAAUCAACAAUCAUCACCAUCAAGUGAUCAAGAUCGUAUUCCACCAAGUUAUCAGGAUCAAAAAAAAUUUUCAUCUAUUAUUAAUUCAAAAUCUUAUGUUAAAUUAACGGAACAACAUUUUAUCUCUAAUCCAACCAAAAUUCAUAUGCCUUAUAAAACAAAAAAUUCUUUAUUACAAAACAUACCAAAACCAGCACCACGUCCAAGUUUAAAACAGUCGUCGAUUAAUAAACAAGAUGAAAGCCUUGUUUAA